GACCGCGAAGUCGACGCAACAAAACUUCAGCAAAGUCCACGAGACAAGAGCCAUGCCAGCAACUUUGCGGUACAUGCUCGAUGAGGCUUGGUGCCCGUGUGGAACCUCAACAUUCGCUCAGCUAGACCACCCAGUCCAUCCACAGUCCAUUGGGCCAGUGCACCGUGUGCGAAUGGAACCUGCCUCCUUCUUGGAGGCAGCCGCAGCCGCUCCGCCGCUUGCUCCAGCACGAAGAAGGAGCAGCUUUAUGGACGCGCUGAGUGUUUUGAGACCCAAAGGCCUGGAUGAGGUGCAGCACACCGAGUACGGCGAGCCCUUCAUCGGGAAUACCGACGCGGGUGAAGUGCCCGGGGUUGGUGCGUUUCAAGAUCUACGGGCCCUGCAGAAGGGCGGCGCCGAGGGCUUCUUGAAGAAAAAGAUCAAGGAGGCUUAUGAUGAGCUCGAGAUGAACGUCACCGGGGCGGACUUGGACCCCUACACGGACAAUGCCGCGCAGUAUGCUGUGGAUGCCAAAGAAGCUGCAUUCAAGGCAACUCGUGCGGCCAAAGAAGCUUUUGUUCGUGAAGCGGGAUUGGGAGGUGUUCCGGCGAAGGUGGAUGAGGCCUGGAAGGCCGCCAUGCAGGCGGUGCGGAUGGCACAUGCUCAACGCUUGGUGGUCGGACAGCUUGCCCAGACACGGGCGGAUCGUCAAUACAUUGACGCUGCGGUGAACAAACUCUUGGAUCGUGUCGAAGAAGCAGUGGAGACGGAGGACCUCACACAACAGGGGGUGGCUGUGGAAGCCGUGAAGCGAGGACUGGGACACUUGCAAGACAUGCAGGAGACGGUGGAGGAGGAUUUGGAGAAGUUGGAGAUGGAACAAAAGCUCUUGGACGCCGAACUUCAGGAAGCUCAGAAGUUUCCACUCUAUCCCAGUCGCGACUAUGUGGUGGCAGAGACUCCGGAGCCCCAGGAUCCUGCUCCACCGGAGACCAUCAUUGGCAGCAUGGACACGGGUGUCCCAAAGGCGGAUGACUUGUCUCAGCUUGCCUAUAAGAUCGGCUAACACGAAGAUGAUGCGAAGCCCCGCCACAAAGGGUUCACAGCGAGCAAGCAGAAACGGAGCCCCGCGCGGACCGUGA